AUGGCGACGGAUGGAGCGAGGCGUGGUUUCCUGACUCGGACCCCCGGGCGCGUUGCUAAGGGCGACCGAAGUGCCGUUGCUGGGAUUUUCUGUGCCUGGCGGGAGAGAUGGGCGAGCCGGGCCCCGCCGCCGCCUCGGCAAGAGCCCGUGGCUGUUGGGAAGGAGGCGGCCCAGAAGGGCAGCAAGAGGGUCCUAGACGAGGAGAGCUACAUCCAGGCGAGCGAGGGGAAUGGGAGCGGGGGUCUGGCGGGUACAAGCAGGGUAAAGUCGGUCCUGGAAUCUCCAAAGGUCAAUGGAUAUGGAAUUGUGGCCACGCCCUCCCCAGCUCCCGGUGUGAACGACUCCCCUCUUAUGACGUGGGGUGAGAUUGAAAGCACCCCUUUGAGGUUAGAAGGCUCAGACACACCGUAUGUAGACAGGACGCCUGGACCAGCCUUCAAGAUCCUGGAGCCUGGUCGCAGAGAGAGGCUAGGGCUUAAGAUGGCCAACGAGGCAGCUGCCAAGAACCGAGCAAAAAAGCAGGAAGCUUUAAGAAGAGUCACGGAGAACCUCGCCAGUCUUAUUCCCAAAGGACUAAACCCAGCGAUGUCACCAGCCAUGCAGCGCUUAGUAAACAGGACUGCCAGCAAAUUCACAGACAAAGCCCUCCGAGCCAGCUACACCUCAUCCCCUGCGCACCUGAGCACACCUGGCUACAAGACCCCAGCAGGUGGGCCGCAGACACCAACUGUCACCACUAAAAUCGAGAGAAAAGAGAGAAAGGUGGAGAGAGUGGAGGAAGGCGAAGAAAGGUGGAGAGCAGGUGGGACGGAAAAGCAGAGAAAAGGGGAGACCUGGAGGGACGGAAAGGAAAAUAGCAGUGACUCUGCCGGGCGAAAACGUGAAGUAACAUAUAAGUAAGUAAACAUAGGAAAG